AUGCUUUCAACAUUACCUAAAUCCCAAACAAUUCCCAAUAACACUUCAUCAGCACAUAAAGAGAACAAGCAAAAUAAUGACGAUGCUUUUAUUAUGAAUAUUGGCUAUAGCCCAAUUGACGAAGUAGCAUCUCAUCAGCAACUAAAUAACCAACAACAACAACAACAACAACAACAAGAACAACUGCUGAAGCAACUGCAACAACACCCGGACAGAAGAUCCUCCUAUAGUCAACCAGUCAGUAGUGAUACUGUUCUAGACUUGAAUAAUGAGACAUUUUUCAAAACCAACUACAAUUUAGGAUCAGCAAACUCGACAUUGGCCACUGAGCCAGGCAUUGUGGUGGAUACAGACUUGAGCACAGCCAUUGUCGACAAUCCCAAUUCCAGCUCUUCAAAUGUAGAAAACCAUAGUCAGAGCCCAAAUAACCACCAUGAACAAACAGAAUCACAAACUAAAAGGACAUUUGCCAAAAUACUGCAACCUAUGCACCAACAACACCAGUACCAGUACCAGAAUGGAGUAGCUGCCAACUCUGUGCAAACAGGCAACAAGAAUUCUAUCAACAGCUUUAGCACAAAUGCAUUGAUUGAUUUGGAAGAAGAUUUACCAAGUAACAUCUCGUACAAUUCUUUGAACAGCUAUUUUGCAACACCAAAUGCUUCCAUAAGCUCUGCCUCCUCGACUUCAUCGUCACAGCAGCAACAACAGCAACAACACUCCGCUUGCAUCAACAACUUGCCUGAAAACUCCAAAUUUCCUGUAACUCCAACUGUCCAACAAUAUAUGCAAUUCCCCAAACAGAUGAGACAACAUUCAAGCACAUUACCAAUUGAUCAGUUAACACUGCUUAGCUUGAGAACUCCAAGCUCUGUCUCUUCUACUGCAGCGUAUGCAACUACCAAUAACAUUCUGGGCAAUAAUCAGUUUGGAUCAAAUCAAUACCAACUGCAGCAACCCCAGCUACAAUUUUACUUUCAAGACUUGAAACAACCUGAUUUUGACUUUGUUGGCGAGUUCACUAAUGCAGGCACUAGUGGUGAAUACCUGCAGCUGCAAAUGCAAAGUCAAAUGGAACAACAAAAUCAAACCGAAAUUCAAACUCAAACUCAAAACUCGAGUUUACCUGUCUCAAUCAAUGAAAAUACUGGAUUGAUCAAUUUGGACUUGAAUGCAAUCGAAGCUGCCACUGCUGCUGCUGCUGUUGCAAAUUCCACAAGAAACAGCGUGGACUAUUAUGUAAAUCCAGAUGAGCAGCCAACCGAAACAACAGUAAACCCACGCCAACUAGUCAAUCAUAGAUUUACUACGUCAGUGAGUUCACCUAGUUUGACCACAGUCUUUGGUGUAAAUCAGAAUACCAUGAAUAGUAGUUUGCAACGUCAACAAAUGCAACAACAAUUACUGCAACAACAACAACAACAACAACAACAACAACAACCGCAACAGGGAUACCAACCACAUGAUCAAUCUCAACCGUUGGUACAACUUCCAACUCAAAACACACAGCCAAGGUCUCAACUGUGGACAAUGCAUACACAGUUUCCUUUGAAUCAACCACCUCCACCAGCAUUAGAGUCCAAUGCAAAAUCACAUGCGAAAAGUCUUUCCGCCUCUCAGUUUGACUUCAACUUUAACUAUAACUUUUUCUGGCCGAAUGACAACACAGACUUUAUAAAUGAUGUUUCCGGUGGUGCCAUGACCAGUACCUCAAACAGUGGUUCAAACGAUGGUUCAAACGAUGGUUCAAACGAUGGUACCAACGCGGCUACUGGAGGCGAGAAUGACUUUAGCGAAAUGCAAGGUGUAGAGCAUUUUGACCAAGGCAUUGACCCUAUCUCGGUCAUUUCUAAAUUAGGAAAUAGUGGUAACUUAACAUCAUCACCAUCAUCAUCAUUGAAAUCGUCCACCAUGCGACCCAACAAUAUGAACAUUAGACCCACUAAAGCCCGUUCGCAUUCAUACUCGAAUGGAAUGCACAGUGGCAGAGGGGGGACCAGAAGAAAUUCCAUUCAAUCUACUAGUCAUAAUCUGGCAUCUUUUUCUGGUGUCUCUUCCUCAACUGCCUUAUCAUCGUCGUUGUCAUCUGCAUCUGCAUCUGCAUCGGCAGCAGCAGCAGCAGCAUCAUCAUCAUCAUCAUUAUCAUCAUCAUCAGUGGCAUCAGCAAAUACGAACCAAUCUAUUGGAAGUAGACUACUUGAGGAGCAAGAACUCCAAUAUCGUGCUUUGCAAAGCCAAGGGAUAAACCCAUUCCAAGCUUCGUUGCUUACUUUCGCAGCUGGCCAAUUUGAAAACAUCAAUGAAUCUGAAGAAACAAUUGAAAGCGGUUCUCUUACAAAAUCAUCGCAACAAAAGAAAAAGAGAAGGAAAAGCUCUGCUGCUACAACCGGUGUCGGUGUAAGUACCAAGGAAAACAAACCACAGCGUCUUCACCAAGAGACAAGUAGAAAGGAGCUGGCUGGAACGCGAAAUUCUUCUUCAUCCUCGUCGUUAAUAACAAACUCACCUUCUAUCUCUCCAACGUCAAGCGCACAGUUUGACCCAGCUACCUCUGAUAGAAAAACCGUCAUCCUUACGAAGAAAGAAUUGUCUGGUGUACCACGCGGCAACUUUAAUGUUGGGAAAAAGGGAGUUGAUAAUGGUGGUGGGGACAAUAUCGGUGAUGUUGAUGAAGGUAAUAAUAACAAUGGUAGCAAUGAUAAUAGCAAUAAUGAAGCAGGCGGGGCAGGGGCAGUCGGAGCAGUUAUAGUGCAAAACAACCAAGGUAACUUUCCUUGUACAAAUUGUGAAAAACAGUUUAAGAGAUCAGAACAUCUCAAGCGACAUAUACGCUCUGUACACUCCAAUAUUCGCCCAUACGAAUGCAAAUACUGUGACAAAAAGUUUUCAAGGCUGGACAAUUUAGCACAGCAUUUAAAGACACAUGUCAAGACUGAUGCAAAUGGUGAGGUGACCAUUGUUUUUGGAAAUGUAAGCCACCAUACAAAAAAGGACAAGGACAAGGACAAGGACAAAGACAAGUUGGACAAGGAAAAGGAAAAAGAAAGAGGAAAGAGGAAGUUUAAGAAGCAAUAA